AACACACCUAAAUGAUUUUCACUUCACCUAAAAUAAAAAUCUAAUUUCCUUUUUCCAGCGGCAGAUGUGUUUCUCAGCUUAACAACUCUUUUACCAGGAGAAGAUGCAAAAAGCAUGAUGAAGCGAAGGAAUUUCCGAAAGAGAAGUAUAGUUGACGACGGUGAAGAAAACUCAUCAGCUAAGGAUAACAACGAGUCCGACGACGAGCAAGAAAGAAGAUUGGCUUUAGAGGAGGUGAAGUUUCUUCAAAAACAAAGAGAGAGGAAGCUAGGUGUUCCAGCUAUAUCUUCAACAACAUCACAGGUUACAGCAGGCGGUGGUGGUAAUAGCAGUUCAGGUGGUUUGGUUCGGAAGGUGAAUGAUAAGGGUGAAGGAGAUGGAGAGAAGGAUGAGUUGGUGUUGCAAGAUACUUUUGCUCAAGAAACUGCCGUCAUGGAAGAAGAUCCCAACAUGUUGAGGUAUGUUGAGCAAGAGUUGGCCAAAAAACGAGGCAAGAACGUUGAUGUGGCUGAUCAAGUUGAAAAUGAGGUGAAACGUGCAGAAGAUGAACUUUACAAAAUCCCGGAGCAUCUUAAAGUGAAAAGAAGGAACUCAGAAGAGAGCUCUACUCAGUGGACUACUGGAAUAGCUGAAAUACAACUCCCUAUAGAGUACAAAUUGAAGAAUAUCGAGGAGACAGAGGCUGCGAAAAAGCUCCUACAGGAGAAGAGGCUCAUGGGAAGAGCCAAAACUGAAUCUAGCAUCCCUUCAAGUUACUCUGCAGACUAUUUCCAACGUGGCAAGGAUUAUGCUGAAAAACUCCGGAGAGAACAUCCUGACUUGUACAAGCAUAAGAGUAAAGAUACUGGACAUUCAGAAUCCAAACCCAAUGAUUCAAAUUCAGAUGUAGGCGUUAAAAGGCAAGCUGCGACAGAUCAGUUCAUGCUUGAGCGCUUCCGUAAAAGAGAUCGCCAUCGGGUUAUGCGUAGAUAGUGCAUGAACAAGGUUCUCCCACAUGUUCCUCAGUGAUAAGUACAGCUGUUCAGCUUCAUUUGCUGUCCUAUCUGUGAAGGCAUAAGCUGUGUUGACAUGGAAGUAGCUGUCAUUCCAACUUUACCCACCCUCGUUUUACACAUUGGUAAAGGAUCUUUACCAGCCAAUUUUAUAUGCAGAUUGAUUUCCCUACAUCUAGAAUAUGACUCCUCUUUAGAGACUAAAAUAUUGACAGUUUACUGCUGUUCUCCA